AUGGAAGGUUUAGCUGUAUCAUUGGGUAGGCAAGAAGAUGAAGUGGCAUGCAAAAUUAAGUGGAAGGUCCCAAAAUCCCACAAAGGUGCUCAUAUUUUGAGGAAAUUGUUUUCCAUGUUUAUUAAGGAGAUUGUUGAGGGAAUGAUUGGCUAUGUUCGCCUCCCAACUAUCAUGUUCAAACUCCUCUCUGAUAAUGGUAGCCAGGAGUUUGGUGAUUUCAAACCUACUGUAUUGGGAAUGCUUGGAACAUAUGAUUUUGAAAGAAGAAUUUUGGACACUGCCAAGUGCUUGAUCGAGGAUGAUACAUUUUAUACCAUGAGCUUACUCAAGAAGGGGGCCUCUCAUGGUUAUGCUCCCCGUAGCCUUUUAUGUAGUAUAUGUAACUGUCUCCUCACAAAGAAUUCCUCUGGUUCUAGCAUUCAAGUUUUCAGUUGUGGUCAUGCAACCCAUCUUCAGUGUGAACUUCAGGAAAGUGAGGCAUCACAUAAAGGCUCAUCUGCAGGAUGCCCCAUUUGUAUUCCUAAGAAGAAGGGUCAAAGGUCUAGAAGCAAGUCUGCACUUGCAGAAAACGGAUUGUUGAGUAAGUCUUCAUCAGGACCCCACCAAGCACACAAGGCUAUUUCUUUACACCCAUAUGAAAGUGAUACAUUUGAGAAUUCCUAUGGCAUUCAUCCAAUCUCAAGGUUUGAACUUUUGACCAAUCUUCAGAAAGGCCAGAAAUUGAUCCAAAUAGAAAACGUGCCUCAGCUGAGGCUUGCACCGCCGGCUGUCUACCAUGAAAAGGUGAAGAAGGGAAUUGAUCUUUUAAAAGGAGAAAGUAGCAGUGGUAUCUCCAAAAUCGAAAAAUCAAGUCGAAGCAGGUCGCUUAGGGAGGUGAAAGUAAAAGGAUCAUCAAUUCGAUUCCCGCUGAAACCAAAUAUAUUUGGCAAGGAGAAAACAACGAAGCAGUAACAUAAUUAUCAUGCAUUUGACUCAUGAUACGGAGUAUUUUGCCAAUUUUUUUUUUUGACAUGACUGGGGACCACAGGCCCGAAAGAUGUUCGAUGCAAACAAAGCUUAGCAACACGAACUGUGAUUGCGGAUGAGAGGAACAGAUGAGCUUGGGUUUGUUUCCAUGGGGUGAGGGAGAUCUCAUUGAAGUCACGAGAGGUGUUCAGAGUAGUUUGGCGGACAAUCUGCACAUUAACUUACGUCUGUAUAUAUAUAUAUAUAUGUGAUUCCACAUUCCUUGUUCUUUUGAUCAUCCUAUUGCAGUCAUCGAUGAUAGCUUCUUGGGGUCACGUGGGGUGGUCGAUUUUGAAACUGGUCCACCACAAUUUACAAGGCAUAUCUAAGGCCAUAUCCUGACUUGGGAGAAUGAUUUUUCCCAAGGCAGUCCACACGGGUUGAUGAAUGACCCUAAAUACAUUUGCGAUGCAUAGAUUAUUACCCAUUGUAACCUAUUUAUUUUGAUGUUUAUUCUCUGCUCUGUACAUGGCUUUUAGUAAUAACAUAUAUUAGUAAUAUUGGAAAUUAAGUUUCUUCAUAAAGAAUCC